AUGUUCGGAGGGCUGGCUGUUGGAACACUCGCCUGGGUACAGUACCAAGCCAACCAGCUCACCACCAACGCGUGGGACUUCGUCGCCAAGACGGCAGAUGGGGUGUCGGAUACUGCAAUAACCAUCUUCGGUGGCGCAAAGGACAUAGCGGAUCAAACAAGGCGCGGAUGGGAAAGCACCAAAGAACAGUUCGAAACGCCAGAAUGGCUGCAAAAGGUGUUGAGACUCCACGAGGAGAUUGGGACAGGAAAAGGCGGACAUGAAGGACCGGGUGGGGAGCCUCCCAAACAGAGCAGAGCUGGCGCUGCUGCGGUUGUUGGAGCUUCGGCCGCGGCAUAUGGCUACGAACAGUCCGACGACGACCCCCGAGACCCCGACGAGAUAGCCAAGGACGAUCAGAUGAUGGUCUUGACGAAGAAGAUGAUCGAGAUUCGGGGCAUGCUUCAGCAAGUUGGACAGUCAAGCACUCUAACUCUGCCCUCUAUUGUGGUCAUCGGCUCCCAGUCCUCGGGCAAGAGUUCGGUUCUGGAAGCACUUGUCGGUCACGAAUUUUUGCCGAAGGGAUCCAACAUGGUUACCCGUCGGCCGAUUGAGCUGACUUUGGUCAACACCCCUGAUUCAAAGGCAGAAUACGGCGAGUUUCCGGACUUAGGCCUCAGACGCAUCACAGACUUCUCUUCUAUUCAGAGAACGUUGACCGAACUCAAUCUGGCCGUCCCAGACAGCCAGUGCGUGUCGGAUGACCCCAUUCACCUCACAAUCUAUUCUCCGAAUGUUCCAGACCUCUCUCUCAUCGACCUGCCGGGCUACAUCCAAGUCGCGGGGCAAGGUCAGCCGCUUGAGCUCAAGCAGAAAAUCUCGGAGCUUUGCGAUAAGUAUAUUCAGCCUCCAAAUGUUAUCCUGGCCAUUUCUGCCGCAGAUGUGGAUCUCGCAAACUCAACAGCCCUGCGUGCAAGCCGUCGUGUGGAUCCUAGGGGCGAGAGGACGAUUGGAGUAGUCACCAAGAUGGACCUAGUUGAUGCUACUCGAGGCUCUGCUAUCCUUAGUGACAAACAGUACCCCCUCAGGCUUGGCUAUGUUGGUGUCGUCUCAAGAGUUCCCCAAACGGGUGGUUUGUUCAAGCGAUCCGGCAGCAUCCAAUCGGCCAUUGCCAAGAAUGAGAGCGCAUUCUUUUCUAACCACCCGCUUGAGUUCGGCGAAGGAUCCGGAGUCAACGUUGGAACGAUCAAUUUGCGCAAGAAGCUCAUGACUGUCCUUGAACAAACAAUGUCCGCCAGCCUUCAGACCACGAGCGACGCCAUCAGGCAAGAGCUCGAAGAGGCAACUUAUGAGUUCAAGGUUCAGUACAAUGAUCGCCCACUUUCGGCCGAGUCCUACUUGGCGGAAAGCCUCGAUGGGUUCAAGCAUUCUUUCAAGAAAUUCACAGAGGAGUUUGGCCGCCCUGAAAUGCAUGAGUUGCUGAAGCAGGAGUUGGAUCAGAAGGUUCUUGACCUACUCGCAGCCAGAUACUGGAACAAGCCCAUCCAGGACUUAUCUCCUGCCCGACCCGACCUAGACAACCUUGCAGAUCUUCCCAAGGCCGACCCAAAUUCACUGUACUGGCACAGGCAGCUCGAUGCGUCUACGUCCUCCCUGACAAAGCUUGGAGUGGGAAGGUUGGCAACCACUGUGGUUGCUUCAUCUAUUCAGUCUCAAAUUGACGCUUUGAUCAAGAGCUCGACGUUCAGCAGCCACCCCUUUGCCCGGGAGGCUAUCAUGGAUGCUGCGUCGACCAUUCUUAACGAGAGGUUCUACAGUACCAGCGACCAGGUCGAGAACUGUAUCAAACCUUACAAGUUCGAAAUCGACAUUGAUGAGAGAGAGUGGACCCAGGGUCGGGACCACUCGGCUGUGGUGCUGAAGAAGGAGCUUCAAGAUUGUGAAGGCGCUCUAAAGGGCAUCGAAGACACUGUCGGCGGCCGAAGGAAGCUUAGAGAGGUUAUGAACUUCGUGGACCGUGCCCGAAAAGGCGAUGUUGUUGUUGAAGGGGAUGGACGAAGCGGUGCUGGAGGCUUCAGUGCGGCUCUUCUUGCAAGAGGACGCGAGGCUGUGUUCCUCAGGGACCGCGCAGACAUCAUCAAGAUGCGCCUGCUGGCCGUCAAGUCUAAACAAUGCGCAAACCUGAAGAACAAGUACUACUGCCCCGAGGUGUUCCUUGAUGCGGCAGCUACCAAGCUGGCUUCGACCGCAGUGCUCUUCCUUAACGUGGAGCUCCUCUCAGAGUUUUACUACAACUUUCCCCGGGAGCUUGACCUUCGCCUUGGCAGACACCUUUCAGACGCCGAGAUUGAGAAGUUUGCCAAGGAGGAUCCCAAGAUCAGGAGACACCUCGAGGUCAUCCGUCGCAAAGAGCUCCUCGAGUUGGUUCUUGAGAAGAUGGAAAGUUUGCGGCAGCUCGAGGGCCGUGAGCGAGAGCGGCAGCAGGGCGGCAGACCCAGCAAAGACGACAAGCAGAGGGGACGCUGGGGGCUAUUUUGA